AGCACGAACGGGUGCCGGGACGGACCUCCGGGCUAGCGCGACCCGAGGCGGCGGAGGACCGACGGUCGCGGCUCGGGCGUCGCGGUGUGGACAGCUGACUGGUAGGGAGAUCCAGACCCUUGCUUGACCUUGUUGUUACAAGGUGGCGGUCUAACCAACUGAGAUAACAGUUACUCCAUGGAUUCCUUUGGGCAACCCAGACCAGAAGGUAACCAGUCAGUAGUCAGCAGAAUGCAAAAGAAAUACUGGAAAACUAAACAGGUAUUUAUCAAAGCAACAGGAAAAGAAGAGGAUGAGCACGUUGUGGCAUCUGAUGCUGACCUAGACGCUAAACUUGAGGUUUUUCACUCCAUUCAAGAGACAUGUACUGAACUUCUGAAGAUAGUCGAGAAAUAUCAGCUAAGACUCAAUGUUAUAUCAGAAGAAGAAAAUGAGCUAGGGCUCUUUUUAAAAUUUCAAGCAGAACUGGAUGCAACUCAAGCUGGCAAAAUGAUGGAUGCCACUGGCAAGGCACUCUGUUCUUCAGCCAAGCAAAGAUUGGCCCUAUGUACUCCCCUGUCACGUCUUAAGCAAGAAGUAGCAACGUUCAGUCAAAGGGCCGUAUCUGAUAGCUUGAUGACAAUUAAUCGGAUGGAGCAGGCGCGCACAGAAUACAGAGGAGCUCUGCUAUGGAUGAAAGACGUAUCCCAAGAACUGGAUCCAGACACCGUAAGACAAAUGGAAAAGUUCAGAAAAGUUCAGAUCCAAGUGAGAAACAGCAAGGCUUCUUUUGACAAGUUAAAGAUGGAUGUUUGUCAAAAAGUGGAUUUACUUGGAGCUAGUCGCUGCAAUAUGUUAUCUCACUCACUCACUACCUACCAGAGAACACUGCUUGGAUUUUGGGAGAAAACAGCUCGAAUGAUGUCCCAAAUCCAUGAGGCCCAUAUUGGCUUUCAUCCAUAUGAUUUUGUAGCUCUCAAGCGACUACAAGACACUCCAAGCAAGCUUACCAAAGACCACAAAGAAGAACAAAUAGAAGGCAAUUUUCUUACUGAAAACCUCGAUAAGUUAGUUUUGUCAGAUGAGGAAGCGAGCAUCAGGAGGAAGAGAGAGGAGGGAGUUGCAAAAGAUCUACCUGUAGAUUCAUUGGAAAGAGAAGAUUUUGAGAAGGAAUUCUCAUUUCUGAACAACCUCAUAAGUCCUGGUUCUUCAAGUACAAGAGAAUUUACCCAAGAAUGCCAGACUGACUUUGGGAGCCCCAGUGCCAGUCUCACGUCCCAGGAGCCUUCUGUGGGGUCCGAGCCUCUUGCUCAUUCCUCUCGAUUCCUUCCUUCAAAACUCUUUGACAUCGGCCUUCAUGCUGCUGGAGCUUUUAACACUUCCAACAAUGGUAACCAAGACAUGUCAGCCUGGCUCAAUCUAUUCGCAGACUUGGAUCCACUUUCAAACCCAGAUGCUAUUGGGCACUUGGAUGAUGAACUUCUUAAUGCUUGACUGAAGUUACAUCAUUUGAACAGACUUGAGACAUCAAUUUUGCAACACGUUGCCUUUGUGGAAAGGAGUUUAUUAUCGUAAUCUGCACACAAAAGCAUGGUGUUUGUGAAUAUACCACCUGUCAGCCAACUUUUAGACAGAUGGUAAGGACCACAUUUGAAUAGAUAAAGUACAUCUUUAAUAUCUUGGAUUUGUAGCUGUUGAUACAAUGUCGAAAAUAUUAGAAACUGAGUUUGCAAUAUUUAGAAACCAAAAUUUAUGUCAAAAUAACAUCUAGAAAUAAUUGUGUCAAUAAGGAGUUAGGCUUAUUCUACAGAAAGCCUUGUAUGUUUAAGUUCCUUUGCUGACUGUAAGAAUUCUAUAUGUGGAUAAAGGACAGCAUGUAAAUUGGGUUGUAGUUUGGGGUUGGUUAGUUUUUAAAUGAAAGAGUGGCAAAGGGGAUUCUCUGUUGUGGAAAAUAGCACAAGAACCAGACCAGCUCUGUCUUUGGUCAGAAAUGUAGAAUAAGAUUUGAGAACACAGUUUGUUUAAGGAAAUCAGAGAACCUUGGUACUUAUUUUUCUCUAUUUGGAGGCUAAAAUGUAAUAUUAUCUUUCAUUAUACAAAAUCACGAACACCUCCAAUUCCAUGGGGGAAGUAGCAGGAAGAUUAAUUUGCUAAGCUCAUUCUCUGUUGAAUUUGAAAAAAUUAUCUUCCCAUCUCAUAAACCACAAGAAUGCCCUGUAAUAUUUAAGACAUUGUGCAAGUGACUUCAGACCUGGUUUUUCACACACUACUACAGUAAUAUGUAGUAUUCAUAUUUUCCUGAAAAAAAAAUGAGAGAAUAUUCCCUAAGAACUGGUGAUAGUAAUUCUAAAAUUACUAGAAACUUCUAUCUGAAUGCAGGAGACAGUUCUAAAUGCCUUAGCCUUAUACAUAUUUGCAUACUUAACCCAUAUUUCUUGACAUGAUUUAACCCAAAAUAUUUUCUGGCAGAGAUACAAAAAGCUCUACAUGAUCAACAAAGGCAUGUUUUAUUUUUUACACUUUUCCCUUUCUAUGGUGACAUCAUCUGAGGCUCUAUUUCAUUACUAAGCAAAAGCUGUUACCCUUAGAGGGUUCAGAACCUAAGUAUUAGACGGAAGAUUAUUUAAUGGCAGUUACUGUGAGCUAAUGAAAACAUAGCUACUGCACACACACAUCACUCAUUCAAUGUCCUGUCCUUUCUUCUAGCCCACCUUUAGCUUUGAGGCAGUUUUCCAAGUGUUUUUUGUCAUCCAGCCCAUUGUAGUUCCAUAAGAAAACAUUUUAACUAAGUUGUUCACAGUAGUUUCCAUGUGCUCUUAGUUCUAAACAGGUUUACUUAGAAGAUAACCUUGUAAUGUCCAAGUCAUUGUAUAUAGGAAACAUUUUUAGAAAUGGACCAGAGUAGGCAAAAUGCAGUCCACCUCUCAUCCACAGCAGUCUGGCCUAACUACGAUAUUAACUGCCCACAAGCUCUCCAGAAAACCACUACUAUGAUCAAGUACUGCAUUGGCUGGACAGACCUUAUGUGAGGGCCAGAAACAUGGACUCAGGAAAAGGUUAUGAAGUCUUUCCUUAAAAUCUUUCACAAUAUCCUAUUUCUUUAUUUGGUUUUUAUGAGCUGUUA